UGUCUCCUUUUGCAGUGUAAACAAUGUGUAUGUUCUGGAGGGUUGACCUUCUAUGGAGUUCAUUGACCCGAAACGCUGAAGCGGCUCAGAGGUUCAGAUCAGUUUUGCACUGCCAGCCGUCACAUCUCAGGCACAACCUAAAUUUGAAUUUACAGAGUAACAACCGUAACUCCACUUGGCCUUGACCUCCAGACUUGAGUGGACAGUAAGGACACGGGACGUCAGUUGCCUUGUGUUGCAGGUGAGCUCUGAGCAGCAUGGCGGCGGGCCUGCAGGUGGUGGGUCUGGUUCUGGGCGUGCUGUCGUGGUGUCUGCAGUCCAGCUGCACAUCCUCGCAGCUGUGGAAGGUACGGAGUCAGGCGGAGUCGGUCACCAGCAGUCAGUGGCACUUCGAGGGGCUGUGGAUGAGCUGCGCCGCCACCUCCCUGGGCUCGGUCCAGUGCAACAAGUUCAAGACGCUUCUGGGCCUGCCAGUCCACCUGCAGGCAUGCCGGGCCCUGAUGAUCAUGUCUAUGGUGCUGGGCCUGGCCUCCAUUAUCGUGUCUGUGCUGGGACUCAAGUGCACCAAGAUCGCCAGGACCUCGGACCAGGUUAAAGGUCAAAUCGUCUUGAGUGGAGGCUCCAUGUUCAUCCUGUCAGGGGUCUUCACCCUGAUUGCAGUGUCCUGGUACGCUGGAAGGGUCAUCCAUGAAUUCUACAAUCCUCUCUACAAUGGAGUCAGGUACGAACUGGGCAGCGGUCUCUAUCUGGGAUGGGGGGCUUCCGGUUUAGCCCUGAUCGGAGGUUCAAUGCUGUGUUGUUCCUACAGGAGGAGCUCGCCCACCCCUCCUGCAAGACAUUUCUCCUACAACUACUCCAAAAACAACCAAGGUCACAACAUCUACACGGCUGCUUCCACCUCUGACAACAGCGCCGCUAAAGCUUACGUCUGACCUGCUCCCUGAACGCACCGUCACACAAAUCAAAGCACAUAGUGAUGAUGUCCUCUUAUAAAAAAAAAAUACAUGUUUGCUGUCAUCACGUGUUAUUUUACUCUUAGGAUUUAUACAUUAAGUCUUUUUUGUUGUAAAUAAAGUACAUCAACACUUGAUUGAUAUUAAAGCUGCUCACUUG